CUUUAUGAGCAAUGAGCGUAGAGAUCAAAAUGUUCCGAUGACUAUGAAUUGUACUUACACGAGCCUCGUCCGCCGCAAUGAUAUACUCAGAUUUCUCAGUCACCUCAAUUCUCUGACGUUUGAGGAGGGUAAUAAUGCUUUAUGACCCUGGUUUUGUUCGAUACCGACGGACCCGACGCCCAACUCGACCUUGGUGUCCAACUUCUUGAAUGCUUCCGUGGAAGAUCUUUAAACACAAAUUGGUGCGCGCUGACCGGGCGGACAUACGGCAUGAAAGGAGAUGCAUCGGCACCUUCUUUUCAUUCAAUCUCUUCUAAAAAUUCCUUACCCAUGCCAUCCGCGCCGCUCGUGAACGAGGGUGUCGCGAUCAUGACAUCGUCAAACGUGCCGAGGGAUGCUAACAAUUCCUGACCGCAGAGCAGUUCCAUAGAUUUAUGUGUAGAAUGAAUCUCUUCUACAAUUACACCGAUCACUAUGCUGUUCUGGCGAAUGGCGAUAGCUGCUAUCAAUCCGGUUGGUCCGCUGCCCACCUAUAAAAGUAUCACGAGUGGGGUAUAGGUCUGAAAUCGUCAUGUGCUCAGACUGAUGAUGAGGAUCGCUGGCGUCGCCGGCAUAGCUGGGAAAACAAUGGAGAUGCUUGUUGUUUUCAUAAUUUAAACAACUAUAUCCCGCGCGAGGUUAGCCAGGAAUGGUCAGGACGUAGAUGCACGGUGCCUGAGUAAGUUCUCUCAUGGAGAGAAAUCCAUGAUUUGCCCGAUGCUCAGCAGUCAGCGAGUCAGCGCU